UUUUUAAUAUAAAUAUUGUCGACGUUAUUUGAAAAAAAGAACUCAAGAAUCAGAAUAAGGGUGAAAUAGUCCAAAGGAAAACAGUUUCCUCAAACUACUUUUCACUUGCGGAUGCCAAUCAAUGUUUACUGCGGUGUUGCUGGGCACUUGCAACUUCCGUACCGCCGUCUAUCUAGUACCCAAAUAAGCGUGGAAUAACCCUGAAGUUUGUUCAACGCACGCCGUGCACUUGUUUUCAACACCCGUUGGGCUACACCACCGUGCGCCGCAUUUACAGCCCAGGAAACUUUACAGGAAGGCUCAGCGACCAAUCAAAAUGGCAUUUGCAGACAUAGCGGUGAUGGAAACAGUUCGUCUGCUCGACAAAGUCAGGGCAGAAGGACCCAAAGAACGCCCAGAGAGAAUCUCGAAAGAACCUCCGCAGUUUAAAGCAGUGGGCCUACAUAAAACGAAGUCCAAGGAAGGAAAGCAGCCCAAAACCGACCCACUUCGAGUCUUGGAUCCCGGACGCAAGAAGCUGACAACAGUGGAAUCUCAGAGGGUGUUGGCUGUCUUAGAUGAGGCAAUCAAACGGACUGAAGUGGUUUCACUGUUGCCGUAUGUUAUUGAGAAUCUGGACAGGUUCGGCGUGGUGCUAGGUGUAGAACUCGUCACAGCUCUGGAGGAACAAAGCAGAAUGAAGAACUUGUACGCCGAUGCAUGCACACAGCUGAAUGCCAUCAGGAAUCCAGAGCCAGUCUUGGCAUCUAGUGUAAGCCGAAGGUCAUCAGCACUGUCCCAGAGGAGUGCUGGCUCACAGAGCCGGGCAUCGUCCAGGCACAGCAGCAUCAUUGCAACUGAGAAUGAUGUCAGUGAUGAGGAGGAAGAAGACGAGAUGGGCAUCUCAGAAGAGGAGGAGCAGUUGAUGCAGACGUUGGCCACCCUGAAGCAGCAGAUGAGUUUCUCCACCCGCAACAUCCUGCGUCUCCUCUCGCUGAACCCUGCCGCUGUGAACGCUGUGAGGGCGGAGCGUAAGCAGCGAGAUCAGGAGGCGGGCAACCUCAUCACCUACUUGAGCGAGCUGCGGGGAUUCAUCCUGGAGCGACUGCUGACCACACCCCUGGAGGAGAAGGAGAAGACCGAUUACCUCACCCACAUCACCAUCCGAGAGAGGAAUAACGCCCAAGUCAUCAAGAAGCUGUCAGCAGAACUCCAAGCUGCUGAAGAUGAAAAAGAUGAAGAGAUCUCCAAACGAAAUGAGGAGAUCCGUCGUCUGAAAGCCGAGCUGAACCAGAUCGAGAAGUUCUCAGAAGAGCACAUCCGCCGCACCAAGUCGGAGGCCGACAAACAGCAGCAGGCGGACGCCAAGAACUCGGAUGGCAAGCAGGCCAAGCUGCAGGCAGAGCUGCAGGCACUGAAGACACAGCUGGCCACCAACACAGCAGAACACCGAGAGAGCGAGUUGGCACUCAGGAAGAGAAAAUACAAGAUUGAAACCGAAGUUGAGAACUGGAUCCAGAAAUAUGACACUGACAUGGGUGAACGGCAGGAUGAGUAUGAGGACCUGGACACUGUCUACACAGAGGAGAAGGCCCAGCUGAACGAGCUGGAGGAGCGCUUCAAGACGCUAGAGGUGGAGUACACCACCAUCGUGGAAGAGCGGCGUGUGGCCCAGGAGAAGAAGGAGCGGGAAGAGAAGGAGCUGGCCCUGAUGAUCAAGGGUGCCACCGUCAUCCAGGCCUUCUGGAGGUCCUACAAGUGCCGCAAGGCCCUUAAGGCCAAGAAGAAGAAAGGCAAAAAGGGCAAGAAGGGCAAGAAAGGGAAGAAGUAGAACACCCCCUCUCCCCCGACGCAAAUGGAACAUCCCGCCCUUCCUUCAGAGUAUCUGCAAGUCUUUGUUCUCCAACCAUUGGUUAAAGUUUUUCUCUGUGGGAUUAUUUUGUGACUUUUUGCUCGUCACAAGUGAAUUCGCAGUUUAUCAAUAGUAUUUAUCCAUGGAAUGUUUGAAUACCAAGAAGCGUUGCUUCCCAACUUUGCCUCCAGACAUGUCUUCUAAGCAGCAUAUUUAACCCUAGCAGUACCUGCAGCCUGGUUUAGUAAGCACAUAAUGCCAAAUUCAGAAUGGUAUAAAACUACCUUCAUGGAGUUUAUGUGGAUAGGUUGCAAGGAUCUUGAAGAACGGCUUAUAGAAAGAUUACUUUACUAAGUCUUGACUAAGACCAGUAUGACAGCAUGUUAACUUACGGAAGCUUCUGGCUUCCCAGGGACUAUUGUAUUGUUGCCAGUUACAGCCUACAAGUAAAGUUUUGUUUACAACCACAUCACCAUUGUGACAUGAGAAGUAAUUAAGAAGUUGGGAAAAACAAUUUGAAUUUUAACAUUUCUGCGAUAAUUUUUCGCAAGCGAAGCGGGGACAUUAAUCUAGUUAGGAAGUUUCUUUGGCCUGACUGUUGUCAGUGAUUUUCUCUUUGAAAGAUGUGAUUAAUUAACCACCUGUCUUUUGUGAAACACAAAUCCAUCAUUGACAUUCCAAUUUUUUCAUCUGAGAAAAUUUGUACUCAUAUGUGUAAAUUUACAUGCACUUAGGAUGAACCGGGCAUUUAGUGAGUAUUCAUGUACAUGCAUGUACCCGUGUACACAUCUUGACCUUUGAACCAUUGUAGCUGUUUCUGUUAGAUAAUUUUGCUUCAUAAAAUGCAAGCCAUAAUCAAGAAAAAUAGUCUGAGAUAGUCACAUGAUUUGAGGAAUGUUUAUUCUGUUGCUUCGCUGGAUUUAUUCCCAAUUCAACACCUGUAUCAUAAUACCUUUACAUGUAUAUAGAUCAUGUUUAACGUGUUUAAUUUGAGAAGUCAUUCCGGUUUGCUUAUUUCUGUCGGACUCAUUGCUGUACAUGCAUGUACUGGAGAGUACAUGUAUCAAUAAAAGUGCAGACUGAGACAGCGUCUCGUUUAAAAUUAACAGAAAUUUGCGAUUUUCGAAAA